GAUUUUAAAUGAAGUUAAGAUUGGAGACUAGCUAAAUACCCAUUUUCAGUUGAAAUUCGGAGUUCCAUGGCGUCGGCGGUGGUUGAGAAAAGGCGUAAAGUGGUCUGCGUGACCGGGGCCGGUGGCUUCGUCGCUUCCUCGCUCGUCAACCUUCUCCUUUCGAACGACUAUAUUGUCCACGGAACUGUUCGACAACCCAACGAUGCUAAGUACGCUCACUUAAGUAGUCUGAAUAAGGCAUCGGAGAAUCUCAAGCUAUUUAAAGCUGAUUUGUUGGAUUACGGUUCUCUGGUCUCUGCAAUUCAUGGCUGCAGCGGAGUGUUCCAUGUUGCUAGUCCAGUUCCCCCAUCGUCAGUCCCAAACCCAGAGAUUGAACUGAUUGAGCCUGCGGUGAGUGGCACGCUUAAUGUGCUCAAAGCUUGUCGUGAAGCCAAAGUUGAACGAGUGAUUUACGUGUCUUCAAUUGCUGCUGUGGCCAUGAAUCCCAACUGGCCCAAAGAUCAGGUCAUGGAUGAAACAUCCUGGUCUGAUAAGGAUUACUGCAGAACAACUCAGAACUGGUAUUGUCUAUCUAAAACACUAGCUGAAAGUGAGGCUUUUGAGUUUUCAAGGAAAACUGGGCUUCACGUGGUGUCUGUCUGUCCCACCAUUGUUUUGGGACCGAUUCUACAGUCCAACGUGAAUGCAAGCACCUUGAUUCUCCUUAAACUUUUGAAAGAAGGGUAUGAGUCAAUUGAAAACAGACUGCGGUCUAUAGUAGAUGUGCGUGAUGUAGCUGAAGCAAUUCUUAUGGCGUACGAGAAGCCCGAGGCUGAAGGAAGAUAUAUAUGUACUUCUCACAUAAUUAAAGCAAAGGAUUUGGUGGAUAAGCUGAAGAGUUUAUAUCCUAACUACAAUUAUCCGAAGAACUUUACUGAAGUCGAGAAUGAAAAGAAAGUGAGCUCCGAAAAGCUGCAGAAGUUUGGUUGGAAAUUCCGGCCACUAAACGAAACUCUAACUGAUUCUAUUGAAAGCUACCGGGCAGCUGGACUAUUGGAUUGAAAAAGAAUUAGAAGACUUAUCACGGUUUCCAUGAAAGCAUAUGUUAUGCUUGUGAUUACAGACUCAAGAGUGUUCUUGUUUGUUAAUUUCAACUUUGAAUAAAGUUUUUGAGGGGUAAUGUUUGGCUUGUGAACCAUUGUUUUAUAAGCACUCUGGACCUUCUUUUUUUGUUAUUUCUCUAUUUGUUUGUGUAAUAAGUAAAAGCUAUCACUGAAAGAAACUUGGUUUCUUACUAUCGCCAAGGCUAUUGAUUCGAUUGUUUAGCAGUAGCAGCAGUGUCACUUGUAAGAUGGGAGUUAAUUCUCUAUUUACUGAAUUGAGCAGCUCUAAGAUACUGUUUCACUCAA